UAAUAGCUGACUUUUUUAUUUUCAAGAUGGCGGACGUUUCUAUGAAGAAAGUAAAAGAUCUGAUCGCAAAGAAAGAUGCUAUUGAAAAGGAAAUUAAGGAGUUUCAAGACGUCCUAGACUCGCAAAAAGGAGUUGGGAUGAACGAAAAGCUGAUUGACGAAGACAAUUACCCUCGUUCAGACAUUGAUGUUUAUACCGUGAGAGUCGCAAGAAAUCGGAUUAUAUGUCUUCAGAAUGACCACAAGGCGCUGAUGAAAGAAAUAGAGGAAGGAAUUCAUGAAGUACAUGCUCAAGCACGAGAACAAAACAAUAAACAAGAGACUCAACAAGACCAGGAAGUGGAAGAUAUUUCGACCAAACUAAAAGCUUUCCUCAGAGUGGAUUCAGUAGCUAAUGCAUCACCGUCAUUCCAAGCUGGUUUGAAAGUUGGUGAUUGCAUUUUACAAUUUGGUUCCAUAAAUGGUGAAAACUUUCAUAGCCUUGCAGACAUAACUUCUAUUGUACAGCACAGCAAAGGGAGACCAGUGAAUGUAACUGUUGAAAGAGGAGAGGGAACAAAGGCAAUCACUCUCACUCCAAACACAUGGAGUGGCCAAGGACUUCUAGGUUGCCACAUUGUACCUGUGAAAUAGAAGCAAGUUUUUGCAAGUUAGUUUGUUAACCAGCAAGUUAUCAACAAAGAAAACUAUGCCAGCAACAUUCAAGCCCAAAUUUUAAACUGUUCAUAUCCAACUGGGUAAACAAGUUAGCAAUGUGAAGGAUGUUAGUCCAGGACAGAGCAUCCAGCAAAGUAACUCCAUAUUUUGAACCUUCUGAUGAAUGAGAUGGCAUGAAAAGCCCUUUGUGUAUUGCUCCUAUCUUGCACUGCCCUAAACAACAAUGGGGUGUUUCUCUUCUACUUGAAAUUUUCUUCAGUCCGAUCACUGCAUGCAACGCUUGUGUUAUAUACUGUACCACUGGGAAUAGACAUAUUAAGUUAUUAAC